AUGCUAAGAACUAUACCAGAUGCCCAUCUACAAGAUGGAGUUUCCAGCCUCGAAUGGGCAAAUGCAUUAAACACAAUCAAGCUGGAAAAUGAGCGCCGAAAAACCGGAAGUGAUGCUCAAUCAAUAUUACAUCAGGCAAAUGAAAAGCUGGACCUCCUUAAAUAUUCUAUGGAGGAACUAGUGAAAGAACUUCCUGAUAGCCAUCCCAGGAAGAGUAUUACCACCGAGGAAUUGUCCCUUAUUUCUAACAUAUCCAAGCCCGCAGCACUAACGGGUACCCUGAAAGUGAAAGUAAAGAGCUGUAACAAUAUUCUGGAGAAUGUACCUGGCAGACUAAAAGACCCGUCAGUUGUUCUCCCAGGAAGGAGGACACGUCAAGGAGGAAGAUUCUCAUUAAUGAGCCGGAUCAGAAAAAACAACCGUGUUGGCAGUCAGAACAUCCGAGAGACUGUUGGCUUUUCCAACGAGGUCCGUGCUCAGCUGAAGAUUGACCAGAUUCCAAUGGGUUCAACCAGUUGGAAAACUGUGUCUAAUCCAUCCUGGAAUGAGACAUUUAAACUGGAGUUAAAUAAGUCCCGGGAGCUGGAAUUAUCUCUAUAUUGGCACGAUCGGAGAUCACUGUGUGCCACAAAGACACUGAAGUUGGAGGAAUUCCUAGUGAACCGGAAACAGGAACUGUGCUUACAACUGGAGCCACAGGGCACCCUUUUCAUCAAGGUAACAUUUUCCAGUCCUUUCAUCCAGAAAAGGCCAAAACUUCAGACAAUUAGGAAAUUCUUCUCCAAAAAACAAGAAGAGACCAUACAGCCCGCUCUAGAGGAGGAUACAGCUAUUGCCAUCCUACCAUUGCCAGUGUCGGACACUGAAAGCGUGGUUCCAUCACCGCCCGCUGUCGCUAGUAAUAGUGAAGAGACUAUGCAAUCAGCAUCUGAGGAGGAUACAAUAUCUGGUAGUCUUCCAUUGCCAGUAUCAGACACUGAGAGUGUGGUUCCAUCACCGCCCGCUGUCGCUAGUAAUAGUGAAGAGACCAUCCAUUCAGCAUCUGAGGAGGAUAUAAUAUCUGGCAGUCUUCCUUUGCCAGUAUCGGACACUGAGAGCGUGGUUCCAUCACUGCCGGCUGUAGAUACCGAUACUGAGGAGACCAGCCCAUCAACAUCUGUGGAGGAUAUAAUAUUUGGUAGUCUUCCUUUGCCAGUAUCGGACACUGAAAGGGUGGUUCCAUCACCGCCCGCUGUCACUAGUAAUAGUGAAGAGACUAUACAAUCAACAUCUGAGGAGGAUAUAACAUUUGGUAGUCUUCCUUUGCCAGUAUCAGACACUGAGAGUGUGGUUCCAUCACUGCCCGCUGUCACUAACGAUCCUGAAGAGAUUAUCCAAUCAGCAUCUGAGGAGGAUAUAACAUUUGGCAGUCUUCAUUUGCCAGUAUCAGACACUGAGAGGGUGGUUCCAUCACCGCCCUCUGUUGAUACCGAUACUGAAGAGAUUAUCCAAUCAGCAUCUGAGGAGGAUAUAAUAUCUGGUAGUCUUCCAUUGCCAAUGUUUAACACUGAGAGCGUGGAGUCAUCACCGCCGGCUCUAGAUACCGAAUCGGAAGAGACCAUCCAAUCAGCAUCAGAGAAUGAUAUAAAAUCUGACAAUUCUUCAUUUCCAGUAUUUGACACUGAGAGCGUGGAGACAUCACCGCCAGUUUACGAUACCUAUACGGAUGAGAUUAUCCAGUCAGAUGAGGAUAGAAUAUAUGACAGUCCUCCAGUGCCAGAAUUUAUCACUCUGAGCCCAGAGUCAUCAUGGUCAAUUAGCGUUUCUCCUGUAGUAACAUCGGACACUGAUGCUGAGCCAAAAGAUUUUCCUGUUGCGGAUCGUACAUCUUUUUGCAGCGAUCAGCCAGGACAUCAUAUUAGGAUCCCAGAUAGUCUGUAUCGGGAUUAUGGAGCAUGCCAAGACGAUUCUAUGGACUACACUUCAAACCACGUGCCAUGUGAUACACCUCAGCUUGAUGGUAGAGUCUCCAAUCAGGAAACCAGUGUCCUUCAAGAUCCGGAACAGUAUGAGGACCCAUGCAUCCAGCGAGGAGUACAACUGAGCCUCGAGGAUUUCCAGUGUCUCUCUGUGCUGGGCAGAGGACACUUUGGAAAGGUUCUACUUGUUGACCACAAACGUACAAACACCACGUUCGCCCUAAAAGUCCAGAAAAAAAGAAAGAUAAUUGCAUCUGAUUGUAUUGACUAUCUUAAACAUGAGAAGAACAUCUUUCAGACCGUAAGCCGCAAACGACACCCAUUCCUUGUGAAUUUGUUCGCUAGUUUCCAGACAGAAGAUCUUGUCUGCUUUGUGAUGGAAUAUGCCGCUGGUGGGGACCUACUGUCAACUCUAACUAACAACAUGGUGGCUUUUACAGAAAACAGAGCUAUGUUUUAUGCGGCGUGUUGUGUGCUUGGCCUCGAAUUUUUACAUAAAAAAAAUAUUGCUCACAGAGAUCUCAAAUUGCGGAAUAUCGUUGUAGACAAGGACGGAUACACCAAAAUUACCGACUUCGGUCUUGGCAAACAAGGGAUGGGAUUUCACGAUCGAACCCACACUUUCUGUGGCACUCUGGAAUAUAUGGCGCCGGAAAUAUUUGAGAGAAAACCGUACACAAGAUCUGUUGAUUGGUGGAGUCUGGGCGUAGUAAUUUAUGUCAUGCUGUGUGGAAGGUUUCCCUUUACAGGUAAAGAUCGAGAGACAGAGAUAUCGUAUAAGGUUGUUAACACCGAACCUGACUAUCCGGAGUUCCUGUCUUUAGAAGCACUCACAAUAAUAAAAAGUCUUAUGAAUAAAAAUCACAGAACCCGUAUAAGAGCCAGGAUUGGUCCCUGUGACAUCAAGAAACAUCCUUUUUUCAAAGAAAUGGACUGGAGUGCGUUAUUUUCUAAGAACAUCAUACAUCCGUUUGUACCAUCUAUUGCCGGACCAGAGGACGAAAGAGCUUUUACACCACCGGACCCCAUUCUAACACCACCGGAAGAAUCGCCUUUAGAAGACCAAGACCUGUUCCAAGAUUUCGACUGGGUGUCCGAUUGGAUUUGA